GCCUGUCCCUGCCGUGCCCCGCCGGGGGGGCAGGUGGCGCUGGCGCUCCCGCCGCUGGCCGUAGGGCCAUGGCGGCGGCUGUGGGCGCUCCGCCGCAGUUCGGCCGCCCGGCGCCGCCGCCGCAGACGGGCUGGGAGCGGCUGAGCGAGCUCUGGCGGCGAGACGAGCGGCAGCGCUACCCGGAGGAGACGGUGAACAUCGCCAAGUCGGCCUUCACCGGGGGAGUGGUGGGCUGGGUGUACGGCGGGCUGCCGGCCUUCUACCAGGCCCGCAGGGCCUUCAUCGAGGGCAGCCAGGGAGAGCUCUUCCAGAACCGCGCCGAUGCCGUGCAAUCCGCGCAUCGGGCCGGUCUCAGGAGUUUCAUCCGCUACGGCUGGCGCUGGAGCUGGAGAGUCGCCGCUUUUGUGACAAUAUUCAACACGGUGAGCACUGGUCUGUCUGUGUACCGCAACAAAACCACCAUCGGUAAUUUCGCUUCGGCAGGAGCCUUCACAGGAGCCCUUUUUAGAAUGCACUUGGGCCUGCAGGGACUGGCAGGCGGCUUCGUGUUCGGAACAGCGUUUGGGAUCCCUGCAGGGGGCCUCCUAAUGAUGAUGCAGAAGCUUGCCGGCGAGACGUUGCAGGAGAAGAGAAAUCGUGAGCGCAGGGAGCUGUAUGAACAGAAGUUAGCAGAGUGGCAAUCCAGGCUCAGUGUAAUGAACGUCUUAGGUGAAAUGGAAGGCAACACCCAGGAAGGACCGGAGACAGAGGGAGCAAGAGAAUCCAGGAGCGACUGAGUCUUCCCCAGAUCUCUGUUAAAACCUCCCUUUUUGGGAGGGCGAAGGAAGACCUGUUGCAAACGGAGUUGUCGAGCACCAUAGCUACACUGCUUGGUUAAUUCCUGACGCAUCAACAGGCACAAGAGAUGUGGGAGUUACAAGUUGGGUACCUGAGUGCCGUGUUGUCAUUGCUGUAGAGUUCGCCAUACGGAGCUGCGUCUUGGUGACAACUCUACCUGUUCAGCUGUACCAACCAGCUGCGUCACCUACCUUGGUGCUACACAGCCUACAUUCUUAGCAGCUACAAAAUGGUGGCUGAGCAUCGUGAAUGAUUGAAAGGCUUUACCACUUCCCAGCAUAUAGAUCAGACAUCUUUUAUUACUGAGGAAAGGAAACUGAGUUUACCCUUUAUUUUUUAAUACAAUUACGUGAGGAACCCCAGGAAAAAAAUGUUAUGUACAAAAUACCUGCGAUAAACAGAGCAACUCACCUGGUACAAAGACCCAGAUAUUAAGCUGAAAAGGUCUCACAGAAACCAUUUGUGUGCAAUUCACUGAAUACAGCAUAAGGCAAUAGAAAACAUGAUUCAUAGUAUAAGUGCUUAAGGAAAAAAUAAAUCAAAUAACCGCCCAUCGAGAAUAUAAAAACAAACUGAGGCUAAACAUAUCUUGUUUCCUUUAGAAGGACUUACUUAAAGUGUCACAGGAGUCUGUGGUAGAAAGGUUUGGCACAGUGCAAAAGAUAAACUCUCCUCCAGGAUGCUGAGCAAUCACCAGUCAGGAGCAGAAGUAGAGCGUGGGAUAGAGGGGAAAACGUGCAGGUACAACUGUCAGAGCUGUGCUGUGGUUGAUAAGGUGGAAAUGCAUCAUGGUUAUAGCAAGAAAUGAAGCACAGUAUUGAAAAUGAGCAAAUUAAAUACAAAAAGAGGGUGUUCAGCCUGCAAGAAGCCAGUAGUUUGUGCCGGAAAGAACAAGCAUAGGCUGAAAGAAAAGGAAACGUGAAAAGUAUAAGGCACCGUUGCCCAUACACCAAGUCCUGCAGUAACGUCAGGCUGCCUUUUGGUAAAACUGCUUUCUGCGUCACCUGUGUUCUGCUUGCAACCAGAAUGUGCAAGUGCAAAGAGUAUUGUUUCCUUAUCGCUCACCUUACUUUGUUUUCUCUGUCAAAAAACGCUCUGCAAGAAUGUUCUGAAGUUCCCAUUUCACUUCAUACAAUGGAAAAGCAGUAAAAAAGCUGAUGGGGCAGCAUGACUCUGCAGGAGCAGAAGGGGAGCGGUGUCUUAUUUUUCAGUAGCGACUUGAUCCCUUAGCCUCUCAUAGCUCAAUCCUCUAUAAACUGCUUUUAGUGCUCCUAUUUCCCCCAGCAGUUUCUCUCUCAAUAUGUACCUGCUAAAAAAAAAAGUGAAAGGGAUGAAAUAUUUCUUUGCUGUGUCCUGGCAAGAUAAACAGCUCAAGCAACAAAACAUCCCAGAAAGAAGACAGCGUGGCGCUUUCAGACUUUGGUCUGCCCUUCGAACUACACACAUGGACCGAGCAGUAAGGGUACAGGAACAGCUUGCAGUGGGACAGAGCAAAAGAGAAAACCAAACCUGUCAAACUCAGGGCAGGGUUGCGUUAGGUUAGUAUGCAGAGUUGCUUAGGAAGCUUGUUGGGGCCUGGGGCUUCGUCCUCUUUUUCCCCUCAAAUUGAGAAACCACUUUUUCCUACACAGUAGGCAAGAAUAUCACCCAGAGCAGAUGAGUCCAGUGUUAGCACCCCGUAGGGAGCUUCCUUCAAGUCCUGGCAAGGUAGAGAAAGCGCUGGCGGAAAGCAGCAGUCUUCAAUGCAAAGUAAAUCCCUAUGUUGCUGUGAGAGACUCCCAAGAAUCUGGAGAGCCUACGCUAACAAGUGUUCCUAGGCAAAGCUAUAAACAACAGCAGACCUGUAUUUAUGAAGCGAGGCCCUGAGUUACAUUUCAUUCCAGUAGAUACACGUGAGAGAUAACCACUGAAUCCUACAGAAAUUUAAACGGGGCUUUACAAAUGUGGGUAGGAAGGAAUGCGUGUAAAAGCUUGUACGUGUGUAUGUGCAAAGGUGUGCACUCUCGUGCACCACCACCACCAGCGGGCUGCGCUCUCUCAGAUGUGCUCCUGGAUGACUGAGUUAUUUAAUGGAGGAGCUGUACCUUGGUACCUGGGUUGGCGAGGCCAUCGUUUCAGGAGAGAAAGGUUAUGAGAACUUCUGCUACUGCUGUAGGUAAGCAAUAUUAGUUAGCUGUUGGGCGUGCCAUCAGUACGUAUCAUUUCCUAAAAAGUCUCAUUAGCACAGAAUAUAAGCACGAGGCAUAUAGUCCCACCUCAAGGUGCUUUUUCAUAGAACGUGUGUUAUUGCCUCUUUAGGGGAGAAGGGACAGGUAUCUGUAAUGGUCAAGUCCAAAUCAAGUCCUCCAGCACAAAGAAGAGUACUGGCAGAUACCUGUGUGAGGCUGAAUAUAAAAGAAGUUUUAGGUGCUCCCAGUCGCAACAUGGAAGCACAGCUUGACAUGAGAUUGUGUCGGGGUCUGGGGUCUCCCAAAGGCCAGCUCUACGUUCCUGAAGGGGUAGGUGGGUGUGGGCUACCAGCUAGAGCUCUGCAGGCCCCCUCAUUUUCACAGAGGCAGUAUCACAGCCAGAGGAUCCCAAAC